AUGGAUGAUACAGCUGAGGACAAAGAACGCUUUAGGAAACUCGUUGGUGAUUUGUCUGAUUUUAUGAAAGACUGUGAAGACUCAACUUCUGCUGAUGUGCAGAAAUUGGCCCAACUUCUACAAGAAAAUCAAGUUUUGCGCGAAAUGCUGUCAACGGCAGCCAUUUCAACUCCUGGGAUUAAGCAGACAUUUGCAAAGGCUUUGGCGAAAUGGAAGGCAAUAAAUCAGGAAAGAAUGACAAAUGGAGUUCAGAUUGGAUCCGAUGACGACAGCGGAACUGAUAACGAAAUGAACAAAACAAUGUUUGAGGCGUCCGCAAAAUGA